AUGGUGGAGUUCGCCCCCUUGUUUGUGCCUUGGGAACGCAGGCUGCAAACAUUCGUGGUCCUGCAGUGGGUCAGCUCUUUCCUGGCCAUGGGUAAGGUCUGCUAUGUGGUCUUCAUAGGCCUCCUGUUCACAAGAUUCUGGAUCUUCAGUAUCCUGUAUGCGAUCUGGUGGUAUGUGGAUCGAGCCAAGCCUUGGCAGGGGGGCAGGCAGAGUGAUGUGCUAAGGCACUGGGUCAUACGGAGGUACAUGAAGGACUGUUUCCCCAUCUCGCUGGUCAAGACUGCCAACCUGGACCCCUCCCGGAACUACCUCACUGGUUUCCACCCUCAUGGGAUCGGGGUGAUUGGAGCUUUUACCAACCUGUGCACUGAGAGCACUGGGUUCUCCUCAGUUUUCCUAGGCAUCUGCUCGCAUCUGAUGAUGCUAAACUUGUGGUUCUGGGUCCCUGUCUUCAAGGGAUUACAUCAUGUCCAUGGGCUGGUCUCAGCAGACAAGGAGAGUGCAGCUCACAUUCUGAGCAGGAAAGAAAGCAUCAAUCUGCUGUCCAUCCUUGUUGGGGGCGUCCAGGAGGCACUGAAUGCCAGGCCUGGGGCCUACAAGCUGGUGCUGCUGAACCACAAGGGCUUCAUCAGGCUUGACCUGAUGCAUGGGGCAGCUCUGAUGCCAAUCUUCUCCUUUGGGGAGAAUGACAUAUUUGACCAGGUUGAGAACUCUCCCAGUUCCUGGUUGCGGUGGUUUCAGGACCGACUUCACAAGAGCACUAGAGGCUCCAUCCCGCUCUUCUAUAGCUGUGGAGUCUUCCAGUUCAGCUUUGGUCUUAUGCCCUGCCACCGACCCAUCACCACUGUGGUGGAGAAGCCCACUGAGGUGCAGAAGACACCGCAUUGCUCCCAGGAGGAGGUGGACAGGCUCCAUCAGCGCUACAUGCAGGAGCUGGAAAAUCUCUUCGAAGCCCACAAGCUCAAGAACAAUGUCUCCAUAGACUAA